CUCGUCUCCAUCUACAGGAUCAAAAGUUUAAAACUGCAGAGACCAAAAAUCGCCAUCCACGCCAGGGAAACAAAAGCUUCCACCCAAACAAACUCCCCUCGCUGAAACUCGCCGCCGUCUCCUCGCCUUCCGCCUCAGCACAGGCCCCGUCGCGGUCUCCUAGGCCACGCUUCCGCCUCUCCUCGUCGGCUGCCCGCCUCCGCCCGGCGGCCGGAGCAGGCUAGGUUACCAGCGCCCCCCACUUCGCGGUCGAGCUGGAGGACACGCGUAGCAACGCCGGGUUCUUCUGCGGCGACCUGUGGUGUGGCCUCAUGGAGCCCAAGGGCGAGUCAGGCCAGAAGCCUAUUGAAGAAGCAAUCGACAGCUUGAAGACUGAUGCUAGCAUGAAGGCAAACAAUGUCAACUUGCUAGUACUGUGAAGGAUAGAGAAAUGAACCAAGAAACUUCUUUUGGCGACCAAGGGAUGCAUUACUAUGGAUAUUAUUAUCCUGGUGCAUACGGAGGAUGGGAUGAGAAUGGCUACUUUGUUGGAUAUAAUGGCCUAGAGGUGCACCCAGCAGUGGUUCAAGCUGACAAUGGUUCAUAUCUGUGUUAUCCUCUGGGGUAUGAAAAUGGAUAUGCUUCUUAUAUUCCGGUUGUUCCUGGAGGCAUUGCCAGUGUGGAUGGUCAGUAUGUCAGCAAAGAACCAUAUUACUCCAGUGCACUUCCAAUUCAGGAUCCUAGCACACCUGGCAUUUUUGCUCAGCCAAUUGCAUAUGGAACUGAACUAGUACCUGCCUACUCAUGGGACCCUUUUGUUCUUCUGGAUGGGGUUCAGGGACAUCCAGUUGGUGUGCAUCAUACAAAUUAUGCUCCAAGACCAAAAUAUUCUUCUAAUAAGCAUGUUGUUCCUUCUUUGAAAGCUUCCCACAGUGCAAAAUCCACAGCAGAUACUGUCAAAGGAUCAUCAUCAGCUCUAGAAACUGUACCAAAUGCUGCCAAUAGCAGCACAUCAUCAAAGGGUGCAAAUAAGGCACCUGGUGCUUCCAUAACAAAAGGAUAUCUUCCAUCUAGCAAGUUUGUGAUGCACAGUAAUAACCAAGCAAAAAGCAGUGUUUAUCAAAGCAAAGGCAUCAAUCUGAAAGAAAGUGGUAGAAGCUGGCACAGCAGUGAGAAGCUUAAAGCGAGAAGUAAGCUAAAUGGACAUGGCGAUUCUGAAUCUAAUGAGAACAACCACACUGAUAACUCGAAAUAUAGUUUGAGCUCUCAAUCUGAUGUUGUUGGAUUGUCAAGUGUAGGGGAUGCUAACGCCAGCAUACCUUCACCUGUCGUAAUAAGAAAAACUGCAUACAAUCUUUCAGAUUUUGUUACAAAGUAUGAGCAAGCUCUAUUCUUUGUAAUUAAGUCCUACAGUGAAGAUGAUAUUCACAAGAGUAUUAAGUACAAUGUUUGGGCAAGUACUCCUAAUGGAAAUAAAAGGCUUGACAAUGCCUAUAGGCUUGCACAGGAAAGGAUGGCAGAAAAAGGAACCAAAUGUCCUGUUUUCCUUUUCUUCUCAGUUAAUGCAAGUGGUCAGUUCUGUGGCGUGGCUGAGAUGGUUGGCCCAGUAGAUUUCAACAGGAACAUGAACUUCUGGCAACAGGACAAGUGGAAUGGUUUCUUCUCUGUAAAAUGGCACAUUAUUAAGGAUGUUCCCAAUCCACAAUUUCGCCAUAUAAUUUUGGAGAAUAAUGAGAAUAAACCUGUGACAAACAGCAGGGACACGCAAGAGGUCAAAUUUUCACAAGGUACAGAGAUGUUGAACAUUUUCAAGAACUUCACGUGUAAAGCAUCAAUACUGGAUGACUUUGACUUCUACGAAAAUCGGCAGAAAGUAAUGCAGGAUAGAAGAGGCAAGCCACUUACAUCGUUUGGUCACCCAUUGCCAAAAGCUGAAAAAACUGCAGAAGUUAAAAGGCAAACACAAUUGAUAAGUGCCACGGAAGUUGGUAGAGCCGAUACAACCAAGGAAAAUGAGGAGAAGAGCAGCAGUGUUCCAGAAAUACUCAACGCAGCAUGUAGUAACAAGGAGAAACCCAACAAAAUCGCAACAGACGGAUGAUGCCUUGGCUAGUUGACUGGGAAAAUGAGAUAGCUUCUGGAACGGACUUCAACUUGAAUUCCUGAAAUCAUAAGUUCGAUGUGCGCAAUGUCAAGAAACCACAAUUGGUCAUGGGUUCUCUUGCAUUUUCUCAUGGAAGUGAAGAAACGAAAAAAGUGAAGCAACGGAACUGUCUUCCCACGAGAAAUGUUCAAUGACUGGGAAAAAGGUUCUAGGACGCAUUUAGGUUGAGGCCCCUGGUGCUAAGGCAUUAGAGCGCCCUCCUUGUCUGUUUUUCCCCCAUAUUGGAGGGUCGUUUCUUUUCUUUUGUCGUGCCCCUUUUUCCCCUCUUCUUUUGCCUAUUAUUCUGCAGCUGAGAUUUUGGGAAGCAGUUUGCACUUAGGUCCAAAGAAAGGGAAUGUCUGUUGCUUUGUGGGUUGUCCUCUAGGAUGUGGUAGGUGUUGACUGUUUUUUAGAAUCUGUGCACGUUCUAGAAACUGACAGAAAAAAAGAGAAAAAAGGAUUGUGAGGGAUUAGAAAUAAAAAGGAUCUUAAAAAGAUACAUGGUAUCUUAUGUUUA